AGAGGCGCUCUACGUCAUGUGAACGCGUUGCAUCUCCAUAUGAUCGUUAAACAUGUCAGAGUCCGCUGAUGAAAGUGUAUCCCAGAAGAGUCGUUGUGAGGAAAGAUGUCACCGGCGUGCGCGUACGAGUAUUAUAUUAUGCACUGCACAAAAACCUCUCACGUGAAUGCUAAGCGGAAGGAUGCGACAGACGACGCUAUGACACCAAAUCGCCUUGUGUCCCUUGUCUUCAUCUCCGGGGUCGCAGUUGCUAUUAUUGGCACACUACUGUUGCAGUAUCUGUUUAACUUGUCUACUGAUUUUUCAAAGCAAGAGUUUCGCCAUGUAUUUAUACCGCUUCCUUCAGGUGGUAUAUCAAACAAGGAAUACACCUUUAGUGUUGCAUUGGGCAACACAGAACUCGAUAAGCUGCAAGUUCAGAAUACAGAGACAUCAACAACAGAGGCACUGACAUCCUUGCAUUUAGCUAUAGAGAUGAAAUCAUCUGGCAAGCAAAAAAAAGCUAUAAAAUUGUUUCAACAUGCAAUGGCAUUGGCACCACAUCACCCAGAUGUUCUAAAUCAUUAUGGAGAAUUUCUGGAACAUACUCAGAACAAUGUGAUCAAAGCUAAUGAAUUUUAUGUACGUGCUUUAACUUAUGAGCCAAACCAUGAAAGUGCUUUAAUAAAUAGCCAAAGGACAGCUCGAGUAGUUGAGGAACUUGAUAGGAGGAUGCUCAGACGCAUCGAUGAAAAGAGGAACACAUUGUCCACAAUACCUGAUCACAAUGCUGCAUUGAUACGCGCCAAGAAGGAAGCUUACUUCCAACAUAUUUAUCACACAGUCGGGAUUGAGGGAAAUACCAUGAAUCUAGCACAGACUAGGGCUAUAGUAGAAACACGUACUGCAGUUGCUGGGAAAAGUAUUGAUGAGCAUAAUGAAAUUCUUGGACUGGACGCUGCCAUGAAAUACAUCAAUGCAACUUUGGUCAAUAGAGUGGGUUCAAUUUCAAUAAAGGAUAUAUUGGAGAUACACAGGCGUGUGUUGGGUCACGUAGAUCCUGUUGAAGGCGGUCAUUUUCGUAGGACUCAAGUAUACGUCGGUGGCCACAUACCUCCGGGCCCAGGAGACAUACACUACUUGAUGGAGGAGUUUGGGAUGUGGUUGAAUAGCGAGCAAGCUAUCAGGUUGCAUCCAGUUAAAUACGCAGCUGUCGCGCACUACAAGCUAGUACAUAUACAUCCAUUUGCCGACGGUAACGGCAGAACGUCCCGCUUGCUCAUGAACAUGAUUCUCAUGCAAGCUGGAUAUCCACCCGUUAUCAUCCACAAGCAACACCGCCACAAGUACUACGAGAACUUGCAAAUAGCAAACACAGGAGACAUAAAACCGUUUGUAAGAUUCAUAGCGGAAUGCACGGAGCAGACGCUGGACUUGUUCCUGUGGGCGACCAGCGAAUUCUCUCGACAGGUUCCCGCUUUGAGUCAAGAGACUCUGUUUAUGGAGAGGCAUAAUACGAUAAUUCUGGAGGAUGAAAAUGAUAUGCUCGAAAACGAUUGAGAACAAUUGGCGCUCAGCCAAGAUCUGAAGUAUUUUUGAGACCAAAGAAUGUUCGCCUUAUACAUGUCUCGUGUUAUUUUAUUUAUUAAUACUUGUUAUCUCUUGAAUGAAAGUUCCAAAACAGUUGUAUAUGCUAUACUAUAUACAAUCGCAAAAAUCUGGAAAUUAUUUAAAACUCCUGACUGCGGAACUUUCGACUGAUGACAUCAGAGGUGAAAAAAUAUCCGAUAAAAAUUGUUGCAGAAUAAAAAAAUAUGACCAUAAAAUGACUUUUGCAAUCGAUCGGAUACAUCUGCAAAAUAGUCCAAACACUUUUUCUCUAAUAAUCAAUAAAUUAAAAAAUUAACGUGAUACGUUGGAUUAUUUUACACAUUUACUUGAUCAAUAGCAUAUAUCAUUUUAUGGAUACACCUCUUUAUUUCUACGCAUAUAACAAGAAUUUUUAGCGUGUAUUUUCUUGUUUCCCUGGCGUCAUAAAUCAAGAUAACCGCGGCCAGGAGUCUUAAGCCGUUGAAAUCAAAUCGUUGUGCGAUAUUCAAGUCUAUCAGUCAAGUCAGAAUUUUAAACAUAUCUGCUUGUUACUUGUGAUUUAUGUGAAUCUGUUAUUACACUUAAAAGCUGCCAAUUAAUUUUAUCGCGUGCCCAUGUAAAUAUAAAUCUUCCAUUGUGCGUGUGUGAUGUACUAAAUUAAUUUAUAAUAUUUUAUAAGUAUGUAUGCGUAAUGAAUGCAGAGUAAAUGAUGAAUCAUAUAUGUGAGAA